CAUGGGGGGGAUUUACCUUGCAGCCGCUCAGAUGUCCCACGAUCUCAAAUAAUCUCCCUGUGGUGUCUAAGCACCAAAGACUUUGUUAAAAUCGUAUCUGCACAAUCAUCUGUUAAAAUGUACACCUAUAUUUCGCAUUAAAUUUAAAUUCCUUACUCCUGUCGCUCCUGAUUGAAAUGCACACAUCUGUAGUUGUAACCACUUAAAAUGUGAAUAAUUUGAAGUUUUACAAAAAAUGUUUUGCAUUAUGAAUGAACCAUGCUCAGUAAUUUCACAGAUUAAUAGACAGACUCAAGGGUUUUUAAACAUAAAAACAUCAGCACUUUGUUGUAUUUCCAAGUUUCUGUUGGUGGAAGUCUGUACCCAGCUGGCAGUGUUUCAGAUAUAGGCUUGUACAUAAAAGAGCCAGCAGUCAAUAACAUAUUAAACACAUCGAAGUCCAGAGUCCAGCUACUGUUCCUGUGAGCUGAGAGGUUUUCUCUGCUCUCUAACAUUUCUCUCAUUGUUCUGUGUGAUUCAGAAGAAAUAUGGAACAGAUCUCUGAUUUUCUCUUCAGGUAUAAAAACUACAACUUUGUCGUUAACUUCACAACUCCAGAGCACAUAGAUUCUCUUCAAAGUUUUGAAAUUCGAGAUAGUGAUGUAUUCCUCGUCACUUAUCCGAAGUCAGGUACUAUAUGGACUCAACAGAUCAUCAUCUCCAUCCUUGAGUUGGAUGGGGGUCUGAAAAAAUAUCCAAACAACAUGGAGCAAAUGCCAUGGCUGGAGCAAAAAGAGGAGGGUCAAGAAGAUUACGCUCUGCGACCUUCUCCAAGGCUCUUUUCCUCUCACCUCACCCCAUCUCUCAUGCCUCCAGGACUGAAGGACAAGAAGGCAAAGAUUAUCUACGUGAUGCGGAAUCCAAAGGACAACAUUGUCUCCUAUUAUCACUUCAGUUACAACUGUAGCCACCUGGAGACUCCCAAGAGCUUUGAGGACUUCCUUGAGCAGUAUCUGGCAGGCAACGUCCUUGCAUCAUCCUGGUUUGACCACAUCAGGGUGUGGCAUUCAAUGAAAGACCAGUACAACAUCCUCUUCGUGACCUAUGAGGACAUGAUUUUGGACCUGAAGGCAGCAGUAACUAAGAUCUGCACUUUCCUUGGGAAAAACCUGAGUGAAGCAGCCAUUGAGGAAGUUGUAGAAAAAGCUACGUUUAACAACAUGAAGAAAAACUCAAAAGCCAACUAUGAGUUUGUGCCAAAAGAUAAGAUGAAGAAAGACUUCAUGCGCAAAGGUAAGAUCGGUGACUGGAAGAACACCUUUACUGCUGCUCAGAGUCAAAGAGUUGAUCAAGUUUUUCAGGAGAGACUCGGUGAUAUGUCUCUGAAGUUCAUCUGGGAAUAAGCAGAGCAGCCACACAAACCUCAAGAUGUUUACAUCUGUUUAAGCCUGAGAAUCCCCAAAAAUCAUUGACACUGUGUGUCUUAUGCUUACAAUAUGUGCAGGAGCUAACUAUAACUGUUGAUAUGCAUCACAAUAAGGCUUUAUAACCCAUGUUUGGAGAAAAACAUGAAGACACAUGAGCAGAAAUCACUAAUAAAUGUAGUUGGCCAAUUUGUUGUCUUUAUUGAAGUCAACAGGAGUUAAAUUGUGUUUCUUUAUGUAUGGUGAAGGCUUGUUUGGUCACUGAAUCUGACUUUACACUUCAAUUCUCUUUGUCUAAAAUGAGAGUAAAGAAAACAUUUUUUAUCAGUAAACAAAACAGAAUUAAUAUAGAGACUUUUUUAGGAAACAGGUUCUCUGAGUUAUCAGAUAACUGCUGUGUUCCAGAUUGGAUGUGAAUCAGGGAUUUAUUCAACUAAAAUAUACUGAUAACAGAGCAGACCUGCUUCAUACAGAUCCCUAAAUUUAUAUUUAGACACGAAUAAUAAUUUAGGGAUUCAGGAUGUUUUACUUUAAAAACAUUUGAUGCUGAAGACAUUUAAGCCCCAUUUUCAACCCUACCGAGAUGCACCUGAUCGUUGGACUGUUUAGCAUUUCCACCACAGACAAAACUCUUAAAUGCAGACAGGAUGUUGUCACUGUUGUCACUGCUCCAUCCAGCUCUGGCUGUGUUCCCUUUUCACCAGUGAUACACAGGAAUGUCUGCACCGCGUUCAUGGUCCAUGCAAUGGGUUUGCACACGACAUUGUAAGAAUGAAAAACAACAGGCUGGAGUGAGAGUUGAGUCUUGAUGUGAUAUUCAAAAAUAGCAUGUUUAUGCAUCAAGUCAUGACCACAGAACACAUCACAUAAUAUCCUCAGAUUCAGAUCUUAAUUAGCAGCACACUGAUUUUAGCAACAGGACAGACUGAUACCACAGCCUGUUGUGUCUAAAUGGAGGGACUCUGAAUCGCCUGUUGGAGGGCAGAAGUUGGUAUUCUCUGUUUAGAAGGUUGAGGGGCGUCAGCACAAAUGCUGUUAGCAAGUCUGAGCAUGCACUUUGUGUGGGCAGCCCGAAAGAAGUGUGACACAGGUUGGCCAGUAAUCUUAGCGUAAAUUUGGAGUUGAUUGUAUAAUUAAGGGCGGCACGGUGAUGUAGUGGUUAGCACUGUCGCCUCACAGCAAGAGGGUUCCUGGUUCGAUCGCCCCUUCUGUGCGGAGUUUGCAUGUUCUCCCCAUGUCAGCAUGGGUUUUCUCUGGGUACUCUGGCUUUCUCCCACAGGCCAAAGACAUGCAGGUUGGGGAUAGGUUAACUGAUUAUUGUGAUGGAAAAUUCUGGUAUUUAAGCAUAUUCAACCAAUAAUGUGUUGUAUAAGGUUACUUGUCUUGAUGAAACUGAACUUCUAACCUAAUGAUAUGUGUUGCUCAUUUAACUCCUGUUGUGACAGCAGUGAGAGAUACAGCAGAGGCCUAAUGUAAGCAGGUCAAAGGUGAGGCUCCCAGAGAGGCUCCAACAACCAAGUGUCCUUGUUAGUCUCAAGAGAUAUUGUGUCUUAGGAAUGUCAAACCAACCUAUCCACUGCAGGCGCCACAUAUUUUGACUGUUGAUGUACAUGUGUUAUGGGAACUAUAAAGAUAGCAGGGCUAGAGGACUUGCUAGGUACUCACUGACUGACUAUUCAUGUGGUUGUAUGUGUUUAUGUCUCCAUUCAUCAAUGCUUAUUAAAACUC